UUCUGGUUAUGACCGAUGGAAAACAGACAGUGGAAAAAGACGGAGUUCUUAGCUCUGACAUUCUCCGCGACGCUGUUCAGCCUCUGAAAGACAAAGGCAUUCGUGUGAUAUCUCUGGGUGUUGGCAAAGGUAUCGGAUUGUUUGAUCUUGUAACCCUUGCCUCCACGGAUUUGGAUGUGUACACGGCUACAGAUUUUGAAGAGCUCGAAACUUUGGUUACGGAACUGACAAAAGGAAACUGUCCAGUGCAUGGAAAUUGGUCUGACUGGGGAGAAUGGAGUAACUGUACAGUAUCAUGCGGUGGAGGCGAACAGACACGUUAUCGGGAUUGUGACAAUCCUCCUCCGGCUUACGGGGGAAGAGAGUGCCUUGGUGUCAGCGAGGAAACACGCCCUUGCAACGAGUUACCGUGCGCCGUUGAUGGAGGUUGGACCGAGUGGAAACCAUGGGAAAUUUGUCCAGUAACGUGCGGAGGAGGAAUACAGAAUCGUUAUAGAACCUGCACAGAUCCCCCACCCGCUCACGGAGGAAAAGAUUGCUCCGGGGAAGGUGUACUUACUCGUCCUUGCAACGAAGAGCCUUGUCCAGUUCAUGGAAACUGGGCCCGAUGGGAGGACUGGAGACAAUGCAGUGUGUCGUGCGGUGGAGGAACACAGAUUCGAAGUCGGACCUGUACCAAUCCUCCGCCACAAUUUGGUGGCCGAAACUGCAGUGGCGAGAGUCAAAAUGAGCGGUCUUGUAACGAGCAACGGUGUCCAAUUGACGGUAGGUGGACAAGAUGGGGAGACUGGGAACAAUGUUCCAUGACAUGUGGUGGUGGAGUUCAAGUGUCCCGCCGAUCAUGCACUGAUCCUGCGCCGGCGUUUGAGGGAGCAAAUUGUGAAGGGGACAGCUUGCGUUCUCGAUCCUGCAACGAGGAGGAAUGUCCUGUUGAUGGAAAGUGGACUGACUGGGAAGAUUGGGAGCUAUGCAGUGUCACGUGCGCUGGAGGAACGCAGAGUCGAUUUCGAACUUGCACCAAUCCUCCGCCGCGAUUUGGAGGCCGGAACUGCAGUGGAGAAGGACAGGAAGUCCGUUCUUGCAAUGAAGAUCCAUGUCCAAUCGACGGAAGGUGGACAAAGUGGGGAGCAUGGGAACCAUGUCCCGUAUCGUGUGGUGGUGGUAUUCAGUUGUCUAAGCGGUCUUGUACCAAUCCUGCUCCUGCUUUUGGAGGAGACGACUGCGAAGGGGACAGCGUUCGCUCAAGAUCCUGCAACGAACGAGGAUGUCCUGCUGACGGAAACUGGUCAGUGUGGAGCGAGUUUACCCUUUGCUCCGUUUUUUGUGGUGGCGGAAGACAAAACCGCUCCAGAACAUGCACCAACCCACCACCGAAAAACGAUGGAAAAUACUGUGCUGGAGAGAGCAGUGAAAUACGACCCUGCAAUACUCUACCAUGUCCAGUCGACGGAGGAUGGUCAUCGUUCGGAGAGUGGGGCUCAUGUUCUCUGACAUGUGGAGGUGGCGUUCAAGAUCGACAAAGAACUUGCACCAAUCCCCCUCCAGCCCACAGCGGUAGACCUUGCGACGGUUCCAGUGUGGAAACCAGAUUUUGCAAACAGUUUCCAUGUCCAGGGGAUGGGAAAUGGUCUGCAUGGAAGCCCUGGUCUCCCUGCAGUGUGUCAUGCGCAUUAGGAACUCAGAGUCGAUCUCGUACUUGUACCAAUCCUCCUCCAACCUUUGGUGGUAGAGUCUGCGUUGGAAAGAGUGAUGAGACCAAGUCCUGCAAUAAUGGACCUUGCCCUGUGAAUGGAAGGUGGGCAAGAUGGAACCCAUGGAGCUCAUGCCCGGUGAGGUGUGGGGGCGGAACUCAAGUACGUUUACGAUCCUGCACUAAUCCCCCACCCGCCUUUGGUGGAGCAAAUUGCAUCGGAGAAAGACGGCAGGCUCAACCAUGUAAUGUGCAGCCGUGCGAAGUUCAUGGCAACUGGGCACGAUGGCAAAGCUGGAGCAUAUGCAGUAAGAGCUGUGGUGGAGGGGAUCAGAGCCGAAUGCGAACUUGCACAAAUCCUCCACCUCUUCAUGGUGGCAGGCAGUGUUUAGGAAGGAACAAGGAGACUCGCUCUUGCAACAGGCGGCCAUGUCCAGUCGACGGUAACUGGGCUGACUGGAAACCAUGGAGUAGUUGUUCAAGGUCGUGUGCCGGAGGAAAACAGAUCCGUUGGCGUUCUUGUACCAAUCCCCAACCUUCCAGUGGUGGAUCUUGGUGUAUUGGGAGUCGACAGGAAACAAAAUCCUGCAAUGAAGAUAAACUGUGCCCAGUUAAUGGUGGUUGGUCCUUCUGGGGUUACUGGGGUCGCUGCUCAGUUUCCUGUGGAGCAGGAGUAAGGCAUCGAGCCAGAACUUGUAACAAUCCCCCACCAGCACACGGUGGAGCACGGUGUCGUGGAGAAAGCAAAGAAGUUUCUUACUGUGAGAGUUCAUCCUGCCCAGUUGAUGGUAAUUGGAGUCAGUGGGGUCGUUUUAGCCGAUGCUCAAAGAGGUGUUGGGGUGGAAUAAAGCGUCGUUACAGAUUUUGUUCUAAUCCACGUCCAUCUAAUGGUGGUAAGGAGUGUCCGGGCGAGGGAGUGGAAGAAAUUCCUUGCAACACAAGACCUUGUUCAGUAAACGGAAACUGGGGCCGAUGGGACAAUUGGAGUCCGUGUUCAGUAACUUGUGGUGGCUUGGGGCUGAGAAUAAGAAGAAGGCAAUGCAACAACCCCCCUCCAUCGCACGGCGGCAGAUAUUGUCCUGGAAGCAGUUCAUUCACGGCUUCCUGCGCCGGUUGGUUACCUUGUGAAGUAAACUGCAAUAUCCCUCUUGACUUUGCUAUCAUCGUGGACACAUCUGGCAGCAUUUCUAGGAGGAACUUCCAUCUUCUUCAACGGUUCAUUCACAGUCUGGUGGAUGGCUUUAAAGUGGCUAAAGACUACACCCAUAUAGCGAUCAUUGAAUACAGCACCGCUGCUUCUGUGCAACUCCGUUUCAAUGACCUGUCUGGAAGAAAUCUUACUAGAAACAAUGUAAAUAAAAAAGUGCAGAGUAUGCCCCAUAAAAAAGGGUUCACUUUCAUCGACAAGGCAUUACGUAAGGCAGACCAAGACGUUUUCACAUACGCCGCUGGCAUGCGAUAUGAUUCGGAUAAGGUGGCACUCGUAAUGACGGAUGGGGAGCAAACAGUUGAAAAGAACUCUACGAAGUCAGACAUCGAGAUUCUUACCGAAGCCUCAAAGCCUCUUAAAGAUAAGGGUGUGCGCAUUAUUUCGCUUGGAAUUGGAAGACGGGCCAAUAAGAAAAGUCUGGAGGCCAUUUCCUCAGGAAGUGACGUGUACUCUUCGGAAUCUUUCUCUAAACUCAGACUACUAGUGAGAAAAUUAAAGAAAGGAACCUGCCAAGCGACAGUGACAGCAGCAGGCUACAAAUACGUGAGAAGGACGAAAAAGAUCUAAAAUCAUCGAUUAUCGAUCUUAAAUCUCUAUCUCUGCCGUAAAACAAACGAACCAGGGAAACAAACAAACUUCACAGCUCCAUGUGUAGGAGCUUCUGUGAAAAACAAGUUGUUUUUGUCCAGCACAAUAUUAUUAUCAAUGUAAGAGAUUAACAAACCACUAAAUUGGUGCAAUAUUCAUGAUACAGUA